AUGGUCACUGAGAGAGGGGUUGCUCACAACCGACCGGAUGUAGUCAUCUUUGAUACAACGCGCGCAUCUUGUCUCCUGCUCGACUUCACCAUACCAGCAGAUGAGAAUCUCUCCAAGGCCUAUACGGAGAAAAUAACUAAAUACGCAGAUCUGGCCUUCCAGCUGAGGGAGCUUCAUAAGUUGGAGUCUAUAAGUGUGAUGCCUCUUGUUAUGAGCGUUAACGGUCUGGUGGAACAGCACCUGGUUGGGAACACAGAGAAGCUGGGGCUAGACCGAGCCAUAAUAUCCGCUGCCCAGAAGAAGGUUAUACUGGGCACUGUUCGUACGGUGAGAAAAUUCUUACAAGGUCCGUCGUAG